ACAACAACAAUAAUAAGAAACAGUAUACGCAACAAAGUCAAAUAAGGGGACGCCAGAGCCAAAGCCUUUUGGCAGCCCUUCUUGCCUUGCCUGCACAUCCAAUCCAAGACCCUGUUUUUACCCAACAAAACUAUACCCUGUCUCAUACUUCAUAAGUAAUCCAAACCCAUCAACAAUUUCUUCUUCAAUACUUGUUUCUUGUUCUCUCUGUCCAUACGAUAGUCUUUUUUUUUUUUGGGGUCUAUUUAUAUAUUUUCUAGUAGGAAUUAGUCAGCGGCGUAGUCAAUUCAUAGACACCUAAUUUUUCUUGUAUUUUCUUGGAAGAUAAGGAGGAGAUUGGUAGAUCGGUUGUAAAAUUAUAGGUUUUGGGAACAGAGGUAGAUGCUGAUUUGUAGAGGAAGGAGAUAAGGUGGGGUGAAUUUAAAUGGAUAACUUUUGCUGCUUCAAUUCUGUCUAUUCUCAGCUUGCAGGAGGGAGUUCUUCAUCUGUAUAUGGCAAGGGAAGAAGCCAUCGGGGGCCUGUCAAGUAUGGAUUCAGCCUAGUAAAAGGGAAAGCAAAUCAUCCAAUGGAGGAUUACCAUGUUGCUAAAUUUGUUCAGCAACAAGGGAAUGAGCUUGGGCUUUUUGCAAUUUAUGACGGGCAUCUAGGAGAUAAUGUGCCUGCUUAUCUACAAAAGCAUUUGUUUCCCAAUAUCCUAAAAGAGAGGGAUUUUUGGACUGAGACACACCGGUCAAUAGCUAAAGCAUAUGAAAGAACAGAUCAGGCCAUUCUUUCACACAGUCCUGACUUGGGAAGAGGUGGGUCCACUGCCGUCACCGCAAUUCUCAUAAAUGGUCAAAAGCUAUGGGUAGCCAAUGUUGGAGAUUCACGGGCAGUUCUUUCAAAGAGAGGGCAGGCGAUACAGAUGUCCAUUGAUCAUGAGCCCAACACUGAGCGAGGUAGCAUCGAAAACAGAGGUGGCUUUGUCUCAAACAUGCCAGGAGAUGUUGCGAGAGUGAAUGGACAAUUGGCUGUUUCUCGUGCUUUUGGAGACAAGAACCUGAAAUCACACCUAAGCUCUGAUCCUGAUAUAACAGAUGCUGAUAUUGAUGAUGAUACAGACUUUAUUAUCCUUGCGAGCGAUGGUUUAUGGAAGGUCAUGUCUAAUCAAGAAGCAGUUGACAUUGCAAAGAAGAUCAAGGACCCGCAAAAGGCAGCCAAGCAACUUGUUGUUGAGGCACUGCAUAGAGAAAGUAAAGAUGAUAUCUCUUGCAUCGUUGUUAGAUUCAAGGGGUAAACACAGACAAUCAUCCCUGCAAUGCAGUAUAUGUACACUGGGGGUUACCGUUGCAUGAAUGGGAUUUGAUAGACUACAGCAGUUUCAAAAUCUUGAUGAAUCCAGUGUAAGUACUAAGUUCAAUGUGAAACAGGUUACAUAUGCUGCCCCUUCCCCGUCAUCUGUAAUAUUUGACAUCUUUUACUUGGGUUGUGCGGUUUGUUAUUGUCGCUUGAUUUCUUCAAUGUGUAGAAUCACACCAUUUUUCCUGCAAUUUGCAUGGUAACUACGACGUUGGGUUGUUUGACAACCAUGGUUUCCUGUAAUAAUUAAAUGCAUAGUAUGGAUUUGUUGUGAAUGGACUAGGUUUUGUGUUUAUAUACAGUAGAACAUCUUCUGCUUCUUG